GAAAGUAGUACCGGUAAAGCAGCUUCUGACUCUGGUGGUUGUAGUUGUACGUCAAACUCAAAUCGAGUCAUCAAGAACACCUCCUCCCCAUCGUCCGCCCGCGGUACUUUUUCUACCGUGUCCGUGCUGCAGCAGCUUGCAGGCAUCUCAGGUGCGAUCGAGAACAAGUUGGAACCGGGGGUCCGUGACGCGCUUCGUAACGAGAUCAAAGGGAUCCAAGACCGCGCAAGUCUCCGGCAAAAGACCAAACCAGUGAGUGCAGUAUCUACGGAUGCGCAGCUAAAGGCACGUGCAAACGACAACUUAUUUUUGAACCAAGAAAAAGUAAAAGAAGGACGCGGGUCUGAUUCGGAAAACGAUGAACCUAUUGAAGUUUAUAUUGCCAGAAUGGAGUCGAUGAACAUGAUGGCGUCUAUGGCGGUUGGAGCGCUCGUCAAAAACAAGAAAUUCGUCAAGGCUGCGCCGUGGUUUGACGAGCUAGCUAGGCGCAAGUGUCCUGAAAUUCACCUUGAGUUCUCGAAGGAGCGUGGGUGGCCAGUUGGGAUAGACAAAACCUUUGCGAGAAAGGUUUUGUAUCGCGGACACUUGAAUGCACAAUGUCAUCCCCACACCACCGCGAUGAUGAUGGCCGAUGGUCGUUAUACACUGCAGGACUACGAGGUAAUCAAGCGGUGGCACGGCACGGGCGCACUCAAUGUGCUUGAGCAACAGAAGAAAUUGUAUCCAGGGCUCGUCUUAGACGCGCGCGCUGAAAUCAACUCUACUUCAGGGGAGCGCCGACAGGGACACUACGAUCUCCGCAUUCGCGCCAACUUCGCGAACAGUCCGACACCAAAAGACUGUCUGUUUUUUGGAACUACUCACGUAGCUAUCGGAUUCAAUGAUCUCGGCUCGCUCCUGAACGCACCUAUUAUGGACGAGCCGGAAGAUUACAUUCCGAAAAACGGAAGCGCAAAAGGGGGGCCCUUACACUGGGUCGGGUACGAGCGCAGUGAGU